AUGGGGCAAGUGUAUGGCCUCAUGCUAGAGGCCACGGUGAAGACCAACGUGGCGGCCCAGGCUGGAGCCGCCAUGUUUGUCAAGCGCACGGAACUGCUGUUGGCAAAGGACAAGCCCGCAUUCCUGGCGGAAGUCAAGGCUAUCCUAGUCAAGAGGUGGGACAAGCAGCUGCAUAACCCACUACACGCUCUCGGGUGGCUCCUCAACCCCCGCAAUCAGUACGUGGGGGAAGUGCGGGAGGAUGAGGAGGUGAGGAGUGGGGCGGAGGCGGUCAUCCACAAGGGCGAGGGGCUGUUGGGGUCCCCCGAUGCACGGUGGGCUGCAAAGGUCUUGGUGGCGGGUGGGCGCCAAACGGAUGCCGAAUGGUGGUGGAUGUAUGGCGGGGAGGUGAAGGCGCUGCAGUCGCUGGCAGUGAUGAACCUGUCACAGCCGGUAACGUCAUCCGAGGUGGAGCGUUACUGGUCCGCGAUUGCUCGUGUGCAACGGCGUGACCGUAACCGCAUCUCCGCCAAGAAGAUGACGGACGUGACCUAUGUCGCGUUCAUGAGGAGGGCUCGGGACACCUUUGACAGGAAGCAGAAGGUGAGGGAGAAGCUCUACGCCGAUCUGAGCAACGGCACCCUCAAGGAAGGGAGUGUCGUCGCCCCGGCAGAGGAAGUGGUGGAGGAAGAGGGGGCUGAGGAGGAGGGAGAGGUGAAUGUGGCAUGCACCAUUGACUGGGACCUCUUCGGGCAGAUUGGCAAGAAGAAGAAAAAGGAGCGUGAGAGCUCCAACAGGAAGAGGAAGGGCAAGGCGACCAAGCCUAGCAAAGGUAAGAAGAAAGCCGCGGCAGCGCGUGAGGAUGAGGAGGAGGAGGCGGCGGACAGCAGUGGCGAUGAGGAGGAGGAGGCGGCGGACAGCAGUGGCGAUGAGGAGGAGGAGGCGGCGGACAGCAGUGGCGAUGAGGAGGAGGAGGCGGCGGACAGCAGUGGCGAUGAGGAGGAGGAGGCGGCGGACAGCAGUGGCGAUGAGGAGGAGGAGGCGGCGGACAGCAGUGGCGAUGAGGAGGAGGAGGAGGCGGCGGACAGCAGUGGCGAUGAGGAGGAGGAGGCGGCGGACAGCAGUGGCGAGGAGGAGGAGGAGGAGGCGGCGGACAGCAGUGGCGAUGAGGAGGAGGAGGCGGCGGACAGCAGUGGCGAUGAGGAGGAGGAGGCGGCGGACAGCAGUGGCGAUGAGGAGGAGGAGGAGGCGGCGGACAGCAGUGGCGAUGAGGAGGAGGAGGCGGCGGACAGCAGUGGCGAUGAGGAGGAGGAGGCGGCAGACAGCAGUGGCGAUGAGGAGGAGGAGGCGGCGGACAGCAGUGGCGAUGAGGAGGAGGAGGCGGCGGACAACAGCAGUGGCGAUGAGGAGGAGGAGGCGGCGGACAGCAGUGGCGAUGAGGAGGAGGAGGCGGCGGACAGCAGUGGCGAUGAGGAGGAGGAGGAGGCGGCGGACAGCAGUGGCGAUGAGGAGGAGGAGGCGGCGGACAGCAGUGGCGAUGAGGAGGAGGAGGCGGCGGACAGCAGUGGCGAUGAGGAGGAGGAGGAGGCGGCGGACAGCAGUGGCGAGGAGGAGGAGGAGGAGGAGGCGGCGGACAGCAGUGGCGAGGAGGAGGAGGAGGAGGCGGCGGACAGCAGUGGCGAGGAGGAGGCGGAGGAGGCGGCGGACAGCAGUGGCGAUGAGGCGGAGGAGGCGGCGGACAGCAGUGGCGAUGAGGCGGAGGAGGCGGCGGACAGCAGUGGCGAUGAGGAGGAGGAGGCGGCGGACAGCAGUGGCGAUGAGGAGGAGGAGGCGGCGGACAGCAGUGGCGAUGAGGAGGAGGAGGCGGCGGACAGCAGUGGCGAUGAGGAGGAGGAGGCGGCGGACAGCAGUGGCGAUGAGGAGGAGGAGGCGGCGGACAGCAGUGGCGAUGAGGAGGAGGAGGCGGCGGACAGCAGUGGCGAUGAGGAGGAGGAGGCGGCGGACAGCAGUGGCGAUGAGGAGGAGGAGGCGGCGGACAGCAGUGGCGAUGAGGAGGAGGAGGCGGCGGACAGCAGUGGCGAUGAGGAGGAGGAGGCGGCGGACAGCAGUGGCGAUGAGGAGGAGGAGGCGGCGGACAGCAGUGGCGAUGAGGAGGAGGAGGCGGCGGACAGCAGUGGCGAUGAGGAGGAGGAGGCGGCGGACAGCAGUGGCGAUGAGGAGGAGGAGGCGGCGGACAGCAGUGGCGAUGAGGAGGAGGAGGCGGCGGACAGCAGUGGCGAUGAGGAGGAGGAGGCGGCGGACAGCAGUGGCGAUGAGGAGGAGGAGGCGGCGGACAGCAGUGGCGAUGAGGAGGAGGAGGCGGCGGACAGCAGUGGCGAUGAGGAGGAGGAGGCGGCGGACAGCAGUGGCGAUGAGGAGGAGGAGGCGGCGGACAGCAGUGGCGAUGAGGAGGAGGAGGCGGCGGACAGCAGUGGCGAUGAGGAGGAGGAGGCGGCGGACAGCAGUGGCGAUGAGGAGGAGGAGGCGGCGGACAGCAGUGGCGAUGAGGAGGAGGAGGCGGCGGACAGCAGUGGCGAUGAGGAGGAGGAGGCGGCGGACAGCAGUGGCGAUGAGGAGGAGGAGGCGGCGGACAGCAGUGGCGAUGAGGAGGAGGAGGCGGCGGACAGCAGUGGCGAUGAGGAGGAGGAGGCGGCGGACAGCAGUGGCGAUGAGGAGGAGGAGCAUGUGCCCACCACCAAGACUCGCUCGGGCGAGAAUCCGUGGGACAUUAGUGAUGGCUCGAGCGGGGAGGAAGAGGGGGAGGAGGAGGAGGAGGAGGAGGAGGAGGAGGAGGAGGAGGAGGAGGAGGAGGAGGAGGAGGAGGAGGAGGAGGAGGAGGAGGAGGAGGAGGAGAAUGACGAGGAGGAGGAGGGGGAUGAUGAGUAG